CCAUCCAGUCGCCCCCUCCUUUUCAAGGGUGGGCUUUCAAUACGCAUGUGUUUUUUUUUUUUCACCUGCUUCCGCCAUAUUACAUUCAUACCUACAUCUGCCACCUACAUUACAUUACAUCAAAAAGAUUAGACUGGGUCUGGCUUGACAGACGCAUUCGCAUCCACACCUUGCCAAGUUGCCUGGCUCCUUUAAUUACUACUGUAUGACAUACAGUAUCUCAAAUCCUUGACGGGUUUUUAAUCAGCAAACCGGAGGAAGGAAGCAAUAGAGACUAGCGGAGCAACGCACGUUACUCUGUCAUCUUGUCUUGGUUUUUGCUGUCCGCUUUCCCGAAGAAAAAAAAAAAGAUUCCAAGCUCGAAAGCAAGAAAAAAUAAAUAAAAAAUCGCCAACCAAAUGAUCCUGCGCGCUUGAUCAUAUCAUCCACCACGCACCACUGAUUUCCGCCACGGAGCAAAAAAGAAGAAAAAAAAGAAAAUAAAGAAGAAAUCAGACGGACUGCUCAUUGCCGCUCACGCGAACAGGCCUUGGAAGCCAUUCGUUCAAUGCAUCCGGCGCCGUGACGCAUUUGGAUCACCCCGACGCCCCAUCACUCGUCGUGCCUCGGGAACGUCGCGACCCUGGUCGAUUUUUUAGUGCGUGCAUCCACCGCACUUACCUCGCUACACCCAGCACAGAGCACAUCCCGUCUGAAGAGAGGUCCACCCUUUUUCGCACUUUGUUCGAGUUUCUCAACCAGUCCCGAUUCAGAAACGACUACCGCCAGCGAAACAAUCUUCCCUCUGGUGUGUGUUGCUCUCCUCGCGCAAAAGAGUCUAGUUUGGAAUAGGGCGCCAAGAGCGCUUAAGGGUCGCCUGUCGCCGCGAACUUUCAGCCGCCAUCUUUUUUCUCUCCCCCCGCCCUCUUUUGUCCUUGUCCUCGACGAGAGAUCCUGAGCUGUCAGUCAUCUUUUUGAAGAUCAAUCGUUUCCGUCAGCCCCUCCACAUUUUGUCUGGAACCCACAAUAGCUGGCUGUAUUUGGGGGAUAUUUGUGCAUUGAUUGCUUCUUUUCAUUAUACUCUCCCUUAUUUUGCUUCUUUUUCUUGUACAACUGGGAACCCACGACGCCUUGGGAAAAGCGGGCUUCGGUCAAACUGAGCCGUGGGCAAACCUAGUCUUUCUUUGCCUUGGCUGUGGGUGUUGGUAUUGCGUUUGUAUCCAAGUACAGUGCAGCGCAUCACAGCAUACGUUCAGCCACUCGCAAAAUCGGGGCUAUUUUGCCAUUGCCCGGCACCUCAACAUUUUUAUUCUUGUUUUAUUAUUUUUUCCUUGGUCAGAGUUGGGAGUCUUUUUGUCAAAAUCGAGCCGAAUCGACGCGCGCGUGUACAUACGCGAGCAUGGCUACUUUCACUGCACUGAAUGGCGGCUCGCCAAAGGCAUUGGACAUCGUGAAUGGCGGUGUUGCCAGCGAGAUGAAGAGGUCCGGAUCAGAGGAACUGCCACGAACCGAGGCUGUCGCGCCGAGAUCUCAGCGAGAACCCACCAACAACAAAGCAUCAAGACCGGCAGACGACGUGAGUCCGUCUAGGACAGCAGCUGCUGAGACCGACAGGGAACGUGCGAAGCAAAAUGCAGCGGAACUUGAUGAGCGGGAGCGGCAAAGGGAGAACCGGGCAGGUCCCGCUUCAACUGUCGACCGGCCGCGUCAUCCUUCGACCGGCUUUUCUGAUGUCGACAGCGGCGCACUAAAACGCAAGAGAUCUAAUUCACCAGACACCCGCUCAACCGCGGAACCCGCUCAUCGAGAAACGUCCGAACCCAAGGAAGGUCAGGCGCAAUCUCGCCCCCGCUCACGUGAUCAAAGCAGUUUCAGUCCCCAAAAGAACCACGCGACGUACGCAGAGACCGGCCACGAGAGGAGGAACGGGCAGGAGCAAAGCGUGAGGAAGUCUCUUUUUGGGCCUCCGGGAGCCAGGGAUGAUUGGGGACCAAACUAUGAGCAGGCCCAUUCUGCAAUUCCAAGCUCUGCCAUCAGCGAGGUAGACCCCAUGGGUGACAGCCUUGCCAGGGCGACGCAGCGCAUAAGCAAUGACGAUGAGAGGGCCAGCCCUGAUGAUAUGGAUGAUUCACCCAUGACGCCUUACCCAAGCGGCUCAUACAAUGCCGAACAGCAACGCGAUGGGCUAGUUCAUUCGGAUCCCAAGAAGAGAAAGCGCAACUUUAGCAAUCGGACCAAGACAGGCUGCCUUACCUGCAGGAAACGCAAAAAGAAGUGUGACGAGGCCAAACCUGAAUGCAGUAACUGCAUCCGAGGCGGUUUCGUCUGCGCCGGAUACCCUCCGCAGCGCGGUACCUGGCCAAAACCUGAGAGCAAACCGACGACAGUCCAGAUUGAGAGCAAGGACCCGACGUACAUCCCACCCGGGGCAUACGGCAUGCCCCAAUCGGGAUUUCCCCCAAUUGCUGCGCCAGCCAUAAUGCCUCCACAGAAACGCGAGCCUCUCCCCUCGUACCGUGGCCAACAGCUGCGGAUAGAAACGCCGCACCAGCGCCUUCUGUCCGAUGACGAGCGGGCCCCUGCCCCCUUACCGAUGCCAGUUGUGACCACGGCCUCUGAAGGCAAGUUGUCGGCAUUUCACAACUCGACAGUCACAAACCUUCUCCCUACUCCCAUCAGUGCCCGCACACCGCAUGAACUUCUGAACCCACAUCCCGAAUAUCAGACACCAAAGAGAGUCCCACCAUUGCACGACCUUACUCGGACAGAUUCAGACCUGCAAAAGUCGGGCCCGAUCCCCAAGAUCAACGUGACCCACGACAGGGUCCACAGGUCAUCGAGUCCUCCAAAGUCUGCAGCCACGGUCCAGGCCACAGCACAAAUGGCCCUCUCACACACAUUCGCCGCGCCGACUCGUCCAAAGCGGGAGAAGGAGGAGAUGGUCUCGGGCAAUCCCUUCAACCCCUAUGACAAGGAACUUGUUCUAGAGCGUGAGAGGUGUUUGACUGCUGUGUGGCGGUUCAACAACUCGACCAAUCCUACCACCGGGGUGUCGCCAACGGAGAGAAGCCGCUUAUUCAAAGACAUUCUCCAGCCGAGCGAACCAAUUCAGAUGACUCCAAACAUGGUUUCACCCGUCUCACAGACGGGCCACAUCGGCAAUGGUGUUGUGGUUGAGGCGCCAUUUCACUGCGAUUAUGGCUACAACAUCACAAUCAAGGACAACGUUUUUAUCGGGAGAAACACAUCAAUCAGUGACUCGGCCGCGGUGAUCGUCGGGGAUAACACCUAUAUCGGACCCAGCGUCCAGAUCCACACUGCAACGCUUUCGACAGACCCACGGCGCCGCAACGGCGCACUCAGCCAGCAGACGGCCCAGCCAGUGACGAUCCACGACAACGUAUUUAUCGGCGCAAACGUCACGAUUCUUCCCGGUGUCACCAUUGGAGCUGGCAGUACCAUCGGAGCUGGGUCUGUUGUCACUAGGGAUAUACCCUCGCAAAGCGUAGCCUAUGGCAGUCCGGCUAGAGUCAGGAGGCAGAUUGCAUUUGCAUCUUGAUUGCUGCUAUGUAUGGAUGUCAACCUAAUAAUGGCCGCAAGCCUCGCAUAUCGCCGUUUCAUUCCUCCUAUAUGCAUAUAGAAGGGUUAGAGUGAUUUCUUGAGCAUACAUGGAAACAUAGCCUUUUUGUGGUGUUUACUGGUUGCCUAUACAUAAUGUGUCUUGGUACUUUCAUUUUCUUCUUUUUUUUUUUACUGUUCGUGGUCAUUUUUCCCCUGUUGAUUGAUUUACUCUUUGGCAUGAUACCCACGGCAUGUGUAUGGAACAUGAUAAAGGUGCCGAUUUUGGCCAUUGUUUUGCUAGUGUUGGUCUUGAUGUUUAUGGCAUCAGUACUGUGACGCAUGGCAUGGCGAAGUUUUGUUUGCAAGUCUAGUCUGGAUUUGGGCUUCUAGUCUUGCGUCUGACAAGCUCUGGUAGCUUCCUCUCACAUGGAAGAGUCGUUUGCUGGAUGGUGUCGGCGUCGUUUCAGAUGUUGCUCAUAGCAGCCCUUAUUUAUUCUUGGUAAUAUCUCCUUGGUAACGAUUUGAUUCCAUGUUAUUUUGGGAGCCUCAAGAUACUAGAUGACGGUUCACCUGUCAGAUAAUUGAACGAUGGAAUGAGAGGGAGAAAACAUCUUAGUUUCGAUUAUUUGUCGCAGGAUCCCUGUGAUGCC